AUGGCCGACCUCACUCUCGAUACGCUCAUCGACGAUGGCAACUACCUCGGCUCAGAACGCGCGAGGCUUGAGAACAAGAUUUUGCUUGAUGAGCUCGAACGCAAGAAGAAGGCGCGCAGCCUCGCCGUGCCUACCGACGAUGCUAAAGUGAAAGCAAGACUGCGUGAGAUUGGAGAGCCCAUCACGCUCUUCGGUGAACGUGCUGCCGACCGACGAGACCGUCUCAUCUACGUCCUGUCACAAAUCAAUGCCGCAAGAGGAGAAGAUGCUAUGCAGGUCGACGAAGAGGAGAGUUCCGAGGAGAGUGAGGAAGAAGUGGAGGAAUUCUACACGCCAGGCUCUCUGGAGCUUCUCGAGGCGCGUAGGCGAAUAGCGGAGUACUCUCUGCCCAGAGCUCAAAAAAGAGUGGCGCAGCAGCGGUUAGACAGCAAGAUCCCCUUGGGGCGUAUCAUUGACAUCCGCAAGAAGAUAUUUGCGGAAGUUCGGCGAUUUGCGGAGCUGGGUUCCCAGAUUGGUGAUGAUCGGCCCAUCUCACAAGUAAGAUUCUCCCCCAAUAGCCAGAUCCUGGCAACGGGUAGCUGGUCCGGCAAUGUCAAGCUGUGGAAUAUCCCAAACUGUACACCAAUACGAACACUGCGAGGCCACACCGACAGAGUCGGAGGAGUUGCUUGGCACCCACAGGCUACGCUGGCUCAAAGCGAAGAUGCCGUCAAUCUGGUCAGUGGUGCCGGCGAUAUGAGUGUGAAUCUCUGGUCUUUUAACAGUGAGACACCGCUGUCAGUCAUGAAAGGACACGCGGACCGUAUAUGUAGGGUAGCUUUCCAUCCGAGUGGUGACUACGUUGCCAGUGCCAGUUUCGAUACGUCGUGGAGGUUGUGGGAUGUCGCGACGUCCAAAGAGCUCCUUCUGCAAGAAGGUCACUCAAAGGAGGUCUACUCAGUGGAGUUCCAAGAGGACGGUGCUCUUGUUGCGUCAGGAGGACUGGACGCCAUCGGCCGAGUAUGGGACCUACGAACAGGUCGAACGGCAAUGGUAUUGGACGGGCACGUCCAGGGGAUCUUUUCUAUUGCUUUCUCUCCCAAUGGUUAUCAAAUCGCCACUGGUUCCGGCGAUGAUACUAUUCGAAUAUGGGACAUGCGGUCAUUGAAGGCGCUAUACACCAUCCCAGGUCACCUCUCUAAUGUCGCAGACACACUGGACACGGAUGACAAAACAGGCGCUCAGGAGGCAGAAGAACGCAAAUACCGUUCCGGCCUGUACAUGGCCAGCGCGGGCUACGAUGGCCUGGUCAAGAUCUGGAGUGCGGAUGACUGGCAGCUGUUGCGAACGCUCCCCACGGAUGGUGGCAAGGUGAUGUCGGUGGACUUGUCGAAUGACGGGAAGUAUCUUGCGUCAGGGACAUACACCCGCAACUUCCAGAUGUUCGCUCCAGAUGAGAGUGUUGCUGUGUAG